AUGAGCUGCUUUCUGAGGCUGACAUUAGACAGACACAUUAGACUCAAAAAGCUCAAUCAGACCGCGAAAUCAAAAAAACUUGAAUCGAUCGAGCUCAUCAAGGAAAUCCAUCUCACUUCUGAGGAAUUCACUGCGGGAAACGGCUUGGUUACGCCAACGUUGAAGCUGCGACGUCAUCUUUUGAAACAACGAUUUGAAAAGGAAAUUGAGAAAAUGUACAAUUCAAUACCAACAAUGUAG